GAUGUAAACGUAAGGUCACAGGUGCCUUAUAAAUACCGUUCUCCGAAACGUGGCACAGAUAUUGACAGACGAUUGUGAGGGUCGUACGACGUUUUAUUUAGUGUGUGUCGAGAUUCAGAGACAUUCUUAAAUAUGUGUGGUAUCUUUGCAUAUUUGAACUAUUUAGUGCCGAGCACUAGACGUGAGAUUCUGGACAUCCUCAUCAACGGCCUAAAACGUCUGGAAUACAGAGGCUACGACUCAGCAGGUGUUGCAUUUGAGGGCAGCAAUAUUGACAGCGAAGAAUGUUUCAUCAAAGUCAUCAGACAGAUUGGCAAGGUCAACAUGCUGGAAGAGGCUGUACGAUGUGCACAGGACGUGAACUUCGACAAGCCCUACAAUGUCCAUGUUGGCAUUGCACACACACGCUGGGCCACCCACGGAGAACCCAGCCAACGCAACAGCCACCCCCAGAGGUCUGACCCUGACAAUGAGUUUGUGAUUGUACAUAAUGGAAUCAUCACAAAUUACAAAGAUAUCAAGUCUUUCUUGGAAAACAAGGGGAUGAAGUUUGAGUCUGAGACUGACACUGAGGUCAUUGUGAAGCUUGUGAAACACUUAUGGGAAACACACAAGACCUCAAAGAUCACCUUCAGGGAGCUGGUGGAGGUUGCUAUUCAGCAGUUGGAGGGAGCAUUUGCCCUGGCCAUGACAAGUACACAUUUCCCUGGAGAGAUCGUUACAACAAGACGAGGAAGUCCACUCUUAAUCGGCGUAAAGAGUCGGGCCAAAUUGACAACUGAUCACAUCCCAAUCCUGUACAGCAAAGGUUGUAAAGAUUUGACGUCUACGGAAGGUGGGUCAGCGAGGGCUUGUGGAUAUGAAGAACACCCCAAUGAAAGUGAUCAUCGAGGGUUUGUGGGGACAACACAUCGUAAUGAGGAUCAAACCGAGUUUCACCCCGUAGACAACAAAGAGGUGGAAUACUUCUUUGCCUCUGAUGCCAGUGCCAUCAUCGAGCACACCAACCAGGUGAUCUUCAUGGAAGAUGACGAUGUUGCAGCCGUCCAGAAUGGGAGCCUCUCCAUCCAUCGCAUAUCCCGCAGCAUCGAUGAUUCCACAGUCCGUGAGGUGAUCACCCUCAAGAUGGAGAUCCAAGAGAUCAUGAAGGGUAGUUUCAGCUCCUUCAUGCAAAAGGAGAUCUUUGAACAGCCUGAGUCUGUGGUCAACACGAUGAGAGGCAGAGUCAGUUUUGAUGCAGAACUCGUUGUCCUAGGUGGCAUCAAGGAUUACAUGAGUGAGAUCCGGAGAUGUCGCCGUCUGCUUUUCAUUGCCUGUGGAACCAGCUUCCACAGUGCUGUUGCGACGCGGCAGCUGCUAGAAGAGCUUACUGAGUUGCCAGUGAUGGUGGAACUAGCCAGCGACUUCUUGGACAGAAGCACACCGGUCUUCAGGGAUGACGUCUGCUUCUUCAUCAGCCAGUCCGGGGAGACAGCGGACACCCUUCUAGCUUUACGGUACUGCAAGCAGCGAGGGGCUCUGAUUGUCGGCAUCACCAACGUUGUGGGCAGCAGCAUCUGCCGCGAGUCACACUGCGGAGUUCACAUCAACGCAGGGCCUGAGAUUGGUGUGGCCAGCACAAAGGCGUACACAAGUCAGUUCAUCUCACUGGUGAUGUUUGGGCUGAUGAUGUGUGAGGAUCGCAUCUCCAUGCAGCAGAGAAGGAAGGAGAUCAUCCAAGGACUCAAGAAGCUUCCAGACCAGAUCAAGGAAGUUCUGAAGAUGGACGAGCAGAUCCACAACCUGGCACAGGAGCUGUAUCAGCAGAAGUCCCUCCUGGUCAUGGGCCGAGGCUACAACUAUGCAACGUGUCUGGAGGGUGCCCUGAAAAUCAAGGAGUUGACAUACAUGCACUCUGAGGGUAUUCUGGCUGGUGAAUUAAAGCAUGGCCCCUUGGCGCUGGUAGACCGCGCUAUGCCAGUCAUCAUGGUCGUCACCCGGGACAAGGUCUUCUCAAAAUGUAUGAACGCACUUCAGCAAGUGAAAGCAAGACACGGCGAGCCUAUCUUGAUUUGCAACACGGGUGACGUUGAGACGCAGUCACAGGCUUUGAAAUAUAUUGAUGUACCUCUCAACAUUGAUUGCCUACAAGGCAUUCUGACCAUUAUACCAUUGCAAUUACUCUCAUUGCACAUUGCCGAAUUGAAGAAAUUUGACGUGGACUGCCCCCGGAACCUUGCCAAGAGUGUGACCACGGAGUAACCUUGAACUUGUCCCAGAAAAUUAUAUAACCCAUAUUGAUCAGUCUCAACAGCUUUUGAAAUCUUUGUUGAUAUGAUGCCAAAGGUCAAGGUUACGUCAGGUUACGUCAGGUCAAGGUGAAGGCUUUUCAUCUACAUCACAUCAUCAGUGCCAUUGGAACAAAGCAUUACAAAACCGUCACCCUCAACUUAUAUUUAAUACUUUUUAUGGGCUUUUGAGGAUUCCUGUGACAAAUCAUGUACUAAUGGCUUCUCAUACAGAGAAUUGCAUAUUUAUUUUUUUUGUAUGCACUGUUUAAUUUCUCACGUUUAACUGACAGUUGUCUAUAAGAAAAGAUUUUGUGGGACCACAAGGUUUAUCCUUGCAUACAAGGUCAUUGUAUACAUUUGAACAUGACAUUAGACAACCAUUUCAUUAACUUUGUUAACAGAAAUGUAUUAUUUAGAGGAAGCAGAUAUUUGCUAGCAAAUAAGUUUAUAAAAUGACCUCAUCAUUAUUGCUUCCUUUUUAGAUUUUAGAUUUGGGUUAAGACAAAUUGACGAUGAUGAUGAUGAUGAUGAAAUAAAGGUCUUCACAUCAUUGAUACUUUCCUAGGUUUUCUUUGUUACUAGGCUGUCUGAUAGUUGAAAAUUUGAAAUCCUUAACGGCAUGGGUAUUUUAUCAAAUGUGUCAUUCUCAUGUGUCAUCUAUAGACAUUGGUUGAGGAUGGCUGUAGAACUGUGCUAGGCUGUGCUGUGGAGUAGGCUGCAUACAAAGUAAAGGUCACUAUAAACAAUCAUGUACAGUGUGUAGAAUAUUACUGUAUCAUUGAGCUUACAAUGUAGCACAUCGUAUCAUCUGGGUUAAUAUGAAGUAUAACAUUAUAUCACCAGGUUGGUGUGCACAAAGCUGCUGCCACCUGUUCUGUGGGUGCGUUGCAAACAGUCAAUCGCUUGCCAGCAAAUAUACAGCUUACAGCAGAGCACUAACUUACAGCUGCAGGUAGUCGCACCAAUCACUGGCUGAGGUUGCUUCAUUCUCAAACCGAAAUGGUGGCGGAGGGGAAUUUGACAGCUCAACAAGAAAUGUCUUACUGGAUCAGCUGGAAAUGGACAAAGGCAGCUGACAUCCCAGCAUCCUCAGUUUGUUCCACAUCUUCGAAGUAGUCAUCAGUAGUGAUAAAUUCAUCAGCUCGCCAUCGAGACUGUUCUAUUACGUUCUUCAUUAAUUAUUCAAGGCGAGCAAUCGGUAAUCACUCCGCCAAUUUUGGAAUAGUGGGCAAGCGCUAUAUAUAUAUGAGCUGUUGCAAUGGAUAAGCGAUUACUUUGCUUACUCUAAGCGAUUCACGGCUUGCAACGCACCCUGUGGGUUGACAACUUUUUGCUGGGUUACGACGAAGUCUGUAAGUGCCAAUAACAUGUUAUUGUUGUGUAACAAUACCAUAUUCAACCCUAGCAGAUAGAAUGCAGAUGUACAGGAACAGUGUUGUUUAUAUGUUAAUGAAUGAAAUGUGCAUAGAUGUUUUGUAGAUAUAUAUUUGGGGUAAUGGCAGGGUUUAAUGAUAGGAGUAUGUAUAUUUGUAUGUAUUGCAAACUGGUCCCUACUGGGAGUUCAGUACAACACAUGAAAAUUUAUGAAUUAUUAGAUUGGACACCUGAACAUGUCUGGUAAUGGUACCACACCUUGAUGCCUGGUAACAAUAACACACCUGGAAAUACCUGGUAACAAUAACACACCUGGAAAUACAGGUAGCACAACUUGACAUGUCAGGUAACAGUAAAACACCUGAAAAUACCUGGUAACAGUAAAACACCUGGAAAUACAGGUAGCACACCUUGACAUGUAAGGAAACAGUAAAAACCCCGACGUCAGUGUAUUGCUUCGCUCAGGCUUGCAUUGAAACUCUCACUUUUUCUGGAUGCUGAUUGGGUUGCAUAUGGUAUUGAAUAACUCUUGUAUAUCACUAUCAAGUGUCACUAUUUAUUUAUGACAAACAUUUAUGUUGAUUCAUGUAAAGAUGUUGUUCAUGAUAACACAGAAUAGGAUGACAAUAUUUGUUUCUCUUUUCUUAUAUUCUUUUCUUAAAUUGCUACAAAUGGCUAUUUUUUGUUUCACAUUAGAUGUGACGUAAUAUUAGAAUCGCACAGAAUUUGAUCUCGGGUCUGUUUUUUCUGUAUCCUGUUUACUGUUAUGUCAAGAAAUGUUUUGUUGUACAUAUAAAAUAUUUAAGAAGCUUGUAAGCUUGUUUUGAACCAAUGGGACAAUCUCUUCUCUGAAAAUCAAGUUGGUAUAAUCUCAGUGUUAUCAAUGUUUUGCAUUUACAAAUUUUGUUAUUUAUAAGCAUUACCCAAGAUAUCGCAGCAGCUGACAGACGAUGAUUUCAGAGUUUUAUUGAUUGACAUUAUUACUUUACCUAUAAUUAUUUAUUGUUGGGGAAAUGUGAAACAUUGCCUUCCAGACGCUGUACUGUCACUAACAAUACCAUACAUGUAUGUUAUCAGAGACUGUGCACAUGUUGUGCAUUCAUUAUACAAUCUAUUUGAAAUCUAUGCAAUUUUAAAUGCCUUGUAUUUUUAUGCCACAGAUAUGCAUGUUUGAAUGUCUUGUUUAAAAAAAUGGCAGACUUUUUGUUCUCUCGUUGAAGCUGUUUGGUGCAGUGUCAUUAUAUUAACCUUAUUUUGGAUGUAUAUUGUGGUAAAGAACUGAGUAGGGUUACAUGUUUCAUAGGGGGAGGGAGGAGAAGCCUUUUUGUUUACAGAACAGUGCUGGAACAAAAUAAUUUGUUUUUCCAAAUCAUACUGUUUGCUGCACAUGCUGGUUAUUUGUAUAAAUAAUAUAUUGUGUGUGAAAUUGUCUUGAAGCUUGUCCAAAAGGAAUAUUCUAUUUCAAGAUAGGUCAGCACCACCCACAUCUGCAGAAUAGUGAGAGAUAGUUCGGUUGUGAGCGACCUGUUAGUUGGUAUCCAGAUUAGACGUUAUUGGUUUGUAUGUUGUCCACAUGUCAGUGUGACUCGUCUGUACAGUAUGGGCGGUGGGGUCACCUAAUGGUUAAAGUGUUCGCUCGUCACACUGAAGGUCCGGGUUCAAUUCCCCACAUGGGUAAAAUGUGUGAAGCCCAUUUCUGGUGUCCCCCACAGUGCCGUGAUAUUACUGGAGUAUUGCGAAAAGUGGCGUAAAACUAAACUCACUCAGCCUUGAAACCAGGAAAACUUGUUCCAGCACUAUACAACAGCUGUACUGAAAUAUGUACAACAAAUUUAAGAAAGAUUGCAGACUGACUUUUGAAAUAGAAUAUUUCGCCUCACACGGAGCUCCUUCUGUCCCAAAACUUGAUGUUGACUCCAAGUUUGUUAAGAGUACAAGUAUUUUGUGGGGUGGCAAAUUCCACAAGACAGUUGAUAUCGAACAUUUUCGUUUUGUGAAACUGAAAACUAAAUAUGUCACUGUUGCAAAAUGUAAAUUUGUUUUGUGCUAACUACCUUACCCUCAUGUCUAUUGUUACAUCCAAAUUUGAUCGUCUCUGUACUUAAUUUAUGUUGGACAAUCAGACAAUCAUUACUGAACAAUUUCAAGGACAAAUGAGAUGAUUUUGGAGGAUAAAAUUUAAAACUGAAGGUAAUUUUUUAAAUAUCACAUGUAUUUUAUGUUAAGUUGAUAAUAUACUGACCCAGAAAUUUGAAUAUUUGUAAUAUUUGGAAAAUAGCCACCAAAAUCUAUUUAUGUGUAUAUUAGGCAUGAGAUAAUUAGACACAACCAUUGCAUUGUUAGGGGUGUAAUCUCAUUGUUUUUACCGUGCUCACAAAAUAAUUUGUUUUCAUUGCAUGUGAGUAAAUGAGAAUAUUGGAUAUAAUUUUGAAAAUUAAUGUUUGUUUCAGGCUUGUUGUUUAUCCUAAAAGGGUCUUUUGAAGUAAAAACUGAGACAUGCAUAAAUUUACUUCAUUUGAACACAGGGUUUCCUUGCCCAGCCAAAAAAUAAUCCAUGUGAAGUGUCUGUAAUAAAAAUGCUAUUCAGUAUCUGUCAAUGAAAGCGAUGAUCUGUAUUUGCUGAAGUUAAUGUGUUGUGGUUUGUGCUAGUGUAGAUGGUUUAUGUGUUGCAGGGAGCCUACUCAUAGCCUGACAUGCUUGGGGGCUGGUGCAUGGGGCAGGGCAUCCCCGGGGUAGUAGACACUGGGGCACAGAGCAAACACUGCUAUAUGAUAAUAAAACAUUACUAUGUA